AUGACUUCGACAAUUGAGCUCGCAUCCUCUUUCAUUGAGGGUGCUCCUCCAGGCGAGCUCGCUGAUGUUGUCGCCGAUAUUCAGACCCUGACGGAAGGCGACGAUGUGAUCUCUUCGCUUACCCCUGCAUUCGAGCGAUACAACGAGAGUCAGUUGACCACUGUGAAAUUACCGGGCUCCAGCCAAGAGGUUAUUGUCAGCGAAUUCAACAAGCUCGAGGGCAACCGCUACUUUGACACUGAAAGCCAAACCUCGUUUGAGUUUGACCAUGUCACACAAACUGCCUCAGGAGCACAAUCAUCGCCCUUAGAGUCCCAAAAUGCGGACUUGAUCAAAUCUCUGCAGAAGGCCCUCGCUAUCCACGCUCAAGAACACUAUCCCAGCUCCUCCCACGGCGUCUACCCCAUUGAAAACGAUACCGCUAUCGCCAUUCUUCUUGUCGCAAACCGCUAUUCCCCUAACAACUUCUGGAAUGGCCGAUUCCGCGCCAUCUACCAAGUUCCCGUCUCCUCCCCAGCCCUCACCGGCAAGAUCCACAUUGACGUCCACUACUACGAGGACGGCAACGUUGCCCUAAACACUUCCAAGCCUGUUGAUUUGUCUGUUUCCUCCCUGUCCGCCGAGGCGAUUGUCUCGCGCAUCGCGGCCGCCGAGCGCGACUAUCAGGAGGAGCUGAACCGGGCGUUUGUCGCUUUGUCCGAGGGCGCUUUCAAGGGGCUGCGCAGACAGCUGCCCAUCACUCGGCAGAAGGUCGAGUGGGAGAAGGUCGGUGGUUAUCGGCUGGGACAGGAUAUUUCGGGCGGCAAGGCCCGGUAG